AUGGUCCAGGUGGUGGAGCACCUGGAGCACGAAGCACUUACAGACUUGGGCAGCCAUGAAGCCUACGGCGCAACUGGAGAAAGUCGUUGCUUUUGUGGACUAGCUCCACUAUUGGACAUGAACAGAAUGGAGCCCAUGAUGUCAGUACUGGAGGACAAAUGUCUCCACUUGAGAUCCAAUAGUGUGGUAGAAUAUAUAGAGAGCCACUACAAAUCUCCCUUUAUCUUAGGGAGGAGUAUUCUGCGCCUCCACCCACACCUCCAUCCCACCCUCUGCAAGUCUUUGCCAAAGAUGGAUGAACAAGAGCCUGUCUCACCUGCUGAGUAG